AUAUGGUAAUUGAAACCGUGCCGUCGGAAGAAGGGCUUUGCGAGAAAAGAGCUUCGGCCGGCGGAAUAUGGAAAACGGUCACGUUCAGACUCAGCUGCGUCUGCAGGACGGCAACAGGACCGACUUGGCGGUGAGUGUGUAGAACAAUGAGCGCGUGUUUUUAGUAUACUAGACAGCUGUUUCACUUUCCGUUUGGUUGGCUCCCCCUCCCGGGCUGGCGGGCGUGUUUGCAGAGUUCGCUCCGGAAAUGUCGGCUCCUGUAGCCGCUACAAGUAAAAGCGAAGCGUUUGUGUACGUGUGUGUGGGAAGUAUACCGAACACAAACACGCUAGCUGGGUCUGCAUUGAGUGAGCUGAGCCCACUGCACAAAGGCGGUCCUUGUGCAAAGCGGCCGACAAACAAGCGGAAGCAAGCAGAACGCUCGGUAACUGAAGAAGCGUUCCAGUUGCAGGAGAGCGCGCACCUGCAGAGAGCAGGUCAGCCCCGCCGCCGGUCUCCAGCACAGCUGGUUGGCAAAGAGAAAAGAAAGUCUCCAGAUUAUAAAAUCAUCCCUCUCCCUCCACUAAUAAAGAUAGCCAACACCGUUCCAGCAGUAGGCUACUCAGCAACGACCAACACCAACCAGAACAAUAGUGAGCCGUCAUCAUCAUCCGUUGUACCCAUCCACCUGGUAUCAAAUUUGUCGCCGAUGCAAACACCAAUAGCUAAUAGCCCAUAGCACACCAUGACACCACACCAGCCCAUAGCCAAGUGAUCUGUAUCUGAAAUACAAUCCUCCAAUCCCGACACUA